AUGAAUUUGUCUCCCCGAGAGGUUGAUAAGCUGCUCAUCUCGCAAGCGGGCCUUCUCGCCCAGAGACGGCUCGCUCGAGGCGUCAAGCUGAACCAUCCGGAGGCAUUGGCCCUGAUAGCCAACGUCCUCCAAGAGCUGAUCCGCGAUGGCAACCAUUCCGUCGCCGAUCUCAUGGCCCUCGGCGCCACGCUGCUCGGCCGCCGACAUGUCUUGCCAUCUGUCCCCCACACCCUGCAUGAGCUCAUGGUCGAAGGGACCUUCCGCAAUGGCACGUACCUCGUCACUGUACACAAUCCCAUUGCCAGCGAUGACGGCGAUCUCGAACUGGCCCUGUAUGGCUCCUUCUUGCCCGUCCCGGCCAAAAGCAAAUUCCCCUGGCCACCAGUCGGCAAAAUGGCCGCGUACGAAGACAGACAAAUGCCAGGUGCAGUUAUCGCGGUUAAAGGCGCGGCGGGGCGAGUCGUCCUGAACGAGGGUAGAAAGCGUAUCCAGCUCAAGGUUACUAGCAAAGGAGAUCGUCCAAUCCAAGUCGGCAGUCACUACCAUUUCAUCGAAGUCAAUCCCAGGCUGGAAUUCGACAGAGUCAGAGCUCACGGCUUCAAACUCGACAUCCCUGCUGGCACUAGUGUUCGUUUUGAGCCUGGAGAUAGCCGGACCGUGCAGCUUGUCCAGAUUGGCGGCAACCAGGUCAUCAAGGGCGGAAACGGUAUAGCAGCAGGGUCUAUCCACGACGAACAGCUUGCAGAGGGCUUUGUACAGCGGCUUCACGAGGGCGGGUUCCUGCACAAGCCUGAGCCCACGCCUGAUCGCCAUCUCGAUCCCUUCUCUAUCGACCGUGAGUCUUACAUCCACAUGUUUGGCCCGACGGUCGGCGACAGGAUUCGUCUUGGAGCUACGGAUCUUUGGAUUAAGGUCGAGAAAGAUCUCACGAGCUAUGGCGACGAAUGCACGUUUGGAGGCGGCAAGACCAUUCGCGAUGGAAUGGGUCAGGCCGUUGGUUGGCCAGAUAGCGACUGCCUUGACACUGUCAUCACCAAUGCCCUUAUCUUGGACUGGACGGGUGUGUACAAAGCUGAUAUCGGCAUCAAGAACGGCAUCAUUGUCGGUAUAGGGAAGGCAGGUAACCCGGAUGUCAUGGCCAAUGUGGACCCCAAGAUGGUGGUGGGGUCGUGCACAGAUGUGGUGGCCGGCGAGAACAAGAUUAUAACGGCUGGAGGCUUCGACAGCCACAUCCACUUCAUCUGUCCGCAGCAAGCCUACGAUGCCAUCGCAUCAGGUAUUACCACGUUCCUUGGAGGUGGCACGGGCCCUAGCACAGGCACGAACGCAACGACAUGCACUCCCGGAGCCGAUCACAUCAAGAAUAUGCUGCAGGUCUGCGAUACUUUACCACUCAAUAUCGGCAUUACCGGCAAGGGCAAUGAUAGUGAGCACCGCCCGUUGACGCAACAAGUUGAAGCAGGUGUGUGUGGGCUGAAGCUGCAUGAGGACUGGGGCACCACGCCGGCGGCUAUCGACAGCUGUCUCACCGUGUGCGAUGAACAAGACGUCCAGUGUCUUAUUCAUACAGACACCCUGAACGAAUCCGGGUUCGUCGAGACGACCAUCGCAGCCAUCAAGGGGCGUGCGAUCCACACCUAUCACACCGAAGGCGCUGGCGGCGGGCAUGCACCCGACAUCAUCUCAGUCGUCGAGCAUUCCAACGUUCUGCCGUCCAGUACCAAUCCGACCCGGCCAUUCACCGCCAACACCCUCGACGAGCAUCUGGACAUGCUGAUGACCUGCCAUCACUUGAGCAAGAAGAUUCCCGAAGAUGUUGCGUUUGCCGAGAGCAGAAUCCGAGCAGAGACCAUCGCAGCCGAAGACGUCUUGCACGACCUCGGUGCCAUCUCCAUGAUGAGUUCCGACUCGCAGGCCAUGGGCCGCUGUGGCGAAGUAAUCCUCCGCACGUGGAACACCGCACACAAGAACAAAGUCCAGCGCGGCCCACUGAAAGAAGACGAAGGAACCGACGCCGACAACGCGCGAGUCAAACGCUACGUGAGCAAAUACACCAUCAACCCCGCCAUCGCGCAGGGCAUGAGCCACCUGAUCGGGAGCAUCGAAAUCGGCAAACUGGCAGAUCUCGUCCUCUUCGACCCCGCGAAUUUCGGCGUGAAGCCGUCUCUCGUGAUCAAGGGAGGCUUCAUUGCGUGGGCGCAGAUGGGCGAUGCUAAUGCGUCGAUCCCCACCGUUGAACCUGUCAUCAUGAGACCCAUGUUCGGCGCCAUGAUCUCCACCAACUCCAUUGCGUGGGUGAGUGAGUUGAGCGUCAGCAGUGGCACCGUGGCCAAGUAUGAUUUGCGCAAGCGCGUGGAGCCUGUGAAGAAUUGUCGGAAGAUUGGGAAGAAGGAUAUGAAGUGGAAUGAUGCCAUGCCGAAGAUGAAGGUGGAUCCGGAACGCUAUACAGUCGAGGCUGAUGGGCAGUUGUGCACCGCAGAGCCGGCGACUACGUUACCCCUGGCUCAGACGUAUUUCUUGUAUUAG